CUUUUUUUCCGGAACAGUACUGGAUGGAAGCGUAAGGCGACGCUGAUGCAGGACUGAAGUAACUACGACAACAGAUGCAAUCUGUGGAUUACGAAGGACGCAGUGACAGAAGGGAUAAGGGGACCACUCUAAACCCCCCAGCCAAUGUGAUGAGCGGAGCUCUGUGCCGAACUGAAGCACCACAGCAGUCUUGUUACAGCCGAACCGAAGCCGGUGUGGCUGUGGCUUCCCCACAGAGGGAGCAGAGGCACUCUAACUGUUUGCUGGCCAGGCACAAUGAGGCGGCUGAGGAAAUGGCUGGGGAGACUGCUCUCCACGCUGCACCCCAGCCACCGGCACCCACAGUGGGGUGUGUCUGACACUCGUAAAAGCGCUGUGGGUGGAACAUGGUCCCAGAACACAACUUCUGCUGGCAGAAAGCUUUUGUGGCCAAAGCUGGACCGAGGGUCGAGCCGUUUGGGAGGGUCUUGCAAAAGGAGACUCAUCCAAAAGGGGACAUUGGACAAGACAAAAGAAGACACAUUUGACCCACCAGGCUUUAACGCUAUCAUCCAAGUGGACAUGGAGGAGGCAAAAAUGCAGACGACCCCCAAACCCAACGUUGUCCCGAGGGCUCAAAGGCGCAGUUCCCGAAGGGUAUCGGUCGCGGCCACACCCACACGGCAUAAGAAGGUUUCCCAUAGAAAGAAAUGCAAGACUUUCAGUUUCCGGAAGAGAAAAAAACCAGUGGAACACAGGAGAAAACAGUCAGUUCUGACCAUAGUGAAACUACAGAGCCAAAUAGAUGGUCUGGUGGAGACCAUGGCAGACAGCUCCAUGCAGCUACUGGCCAAAAGACAGGCGGAGCUGGAACACUGCGAGCGCAUGGGAGAACGGAUUCUGGAUGCCAGCAAACAAUUCCAGAGGGUAACUAGCAAGGGAUCGCGAAGACACAGGUGGAGGAACGCCUGCGUCCUCUGCACAUGCUGUUGCUAGAGGCAUUAUACUGCAUGAUAGAGCAUGCAGUACUGUGCAAAAGUCAGGACCACUCUUUCAGUUAUUCAGUCUCCAUUGAAAUUCAGAGCAAUAUUCUUUUUUUCCAGUGUCAGACAAUGCAGGAGACAUAUUUAACAGAAAACUGCAGAAAAGGCUGCACCAUUACAUGUAUCAGAUCUAGCAGUAUUUGUCCACUCUUUCUUUUGUGCACUGUGACAACUUUUCUUCCAUCCUUCUAAGUUACACCUGCACCCUCCCAACAACAGUUGUGACCAAACGGUCAAUGACAUUGUUAGAAAAACGCAAACACAUCUCUGCUGCCUUGCAUAUUUCUUUGUCAUGUGCAUCUAAAAUGACUACAGGACAUAUUCCUGAUGAGAUUAGAAUUAAGAUAAUUCAAAGGCAUAAGCAAGGUGAAAAUCAAAGGAAAAUAAGCGAAACCAUUUUAACAUUUUAUUUGUGCACAAAUGUAUUUUAAGCUAAUAAAAAAACAAGUUCAUAUUUUCAGUAUAAAAAUGUUUUAAGAACACAAGAAAAAAAAUUAACACCAACUGAAAUUAUUCUAGCAUAUGGUUGUACAGAAGGAACAGAGAUUGUAGAAGAGUUCCCGCUCAGUUAUCCAUUGGACUUCCCUGGGACUCCUCAUUUUCAGACUUCUCGUCAUCUAACAAAAAAGGAAGACAUUUUUAUGGCAAAAGAAAAGACCACGAAUAAUAACAUUGGUGUAAAAUUAUAUAUAAGUAUGUGUGUGUGUGUGUGUGCGCGUGUUUUCAUCUGAUGGCAUUCAUUUUAACAUUUAAAACUCACAUAAUACAUAAAACUAACAGAAUACACAGGCUGUUUAACCCAAUGAGAUUCAGCGUGGCUGUGCAAACUGACGUACAGCUCAAACAGCUGGUGCAGUGGGACGUAGGAGCCGUACUUACUCUCCAGCGUCUGCUGAAGCUCCUGAAUGGUACUCAGUAGCACGUGAAACUGCUUUUUCCUCAGUUCAAGCUGUGAAGGAACAGGAUUUGCAGUCAUUCACAAAUCCCAAAAAUCCAGGAGACAAAAUGGGGGGAAAAAAGCCAGAAAACACAAGAUACUCCCUUACUUUGUCCUCCACAUUCUCCUUUAUGUGAGAGAGUUGCUGCAGUUCUUUGUCAAGAGCCUCCAGUUGCCUGGGAUUAUAAUACAAACGUCACUAUUAGAGAAAGACCUGUACAAUAACAUCAGAGUGAACUGUUCACAAUCUCAUGCAAGCAUUAGAAUGUACAUUAGAAUUCCACCCCAUGUAAAUCACAGAGCUGCUGAUAUUUAAAAUCAAUACAUUACUUCCCAUCUGGUUUGCAUGGAAAGUAUUCACAAUGAAGAUAUUUAUAAAAAAUGCACUUAAUUCCUUGCACAAAUAUUUCUCUGGGGAUUGUCUCUGGUCAAAAAUUUUAUGGACUCUUGUUCAGUCUACCUUAAAAAUAUUACAUAAUAGGCCUCCCUGGUGCAAACACUGCUAAUCCUACAGUUAUAGCAAGACAAUUAUGCUGCAUUUUGCCAAACCAUCUUCCUAAUUUUUUGAAUGCAAAGAAAACCUAGAACAAGAAUACUUACUUCAGCGUUUCAUGUCUGUCUGGAUGUUGUUGGAUUACCUUUGCAAGAGCAUCAUAUUCUAUUAAGAAAAAUUAACAUUCAGGCUUCAGAAAACUUACGUACAACACAGAAAUACAUUGUAUUACUUCAUUAUACGUUGUCAAACAAAUAAUUUCCAAAUCUAAAUAUCAGACACUCAUUCAGUGAUUCAUCUUUAACAGGUUAAGUUUUACAGAUUCUUAUCUCACCUUGUCGAUUCUUCCGUAUUCUCUUGGCUCUCAUUAUUUCUUUUUUGCAUUCAGAUAUUUUGUCAUGUGCAGACAUGAUACUUUGCUC